CUCAUUUCUUAGUGGAUCAGAUCGGAUCAGAGCAUUGCUGCACAAUGUUAGUUCGGCAUAUACUCAUACAUAUUGUAUUGCCCAGUUUUGUGUUGGCACAAAUUUGUGUCCGAACGGAUCAUAAAAAGGUUAAAGGCAAAACCAUAAAUAUAAGAGUAAAGUAUUGCUGCACGGGCUAUAAACGUCUGACGGGCAACAUUUUAAGGUGUGUGCCGCAAUGUCGUCAGAAUUGUGGCAGCGGCAUAUGCUCAAAACCAAAUACAUGCAGCUGUAAUAGGGGCUAUGAGAAUCUCAACCAUUUGCCAUCCAAUCGUUGCGUGCCCCAAUGCAAGGGUGGCUGCACGAAUGGACGUUGCAUAUCGCCGGAUAGGUGCAUCUGCGCCAACGGGUACGAGCUCGAUGGGGCAACCGGAUAUUGUCUGCCAAUCUGCAGCGGCGGCUGUGCCAAUGGCCACUGCAAAUCACCAGGAAACUGCGUCUGCAAUAAGGACUACACCUUAAAUAUCAAUACUAAGAUAUGUCAACCCGAUUGCAAGCCUGGUUUCCAGCUGAACGAGACCUCAAACACUUGCCAACCAAUAUGUAGUAAGGGCUGCGAUAAUGGAAUCUGUCGUGCCCCGGAAACUUGUGAAUGCAAUACGAAUUAUCAGAAAGGUCCCGAUAACAGCUGCUUGCCCAUAUGUAAAAACGAUUGCCUAAACGGCAAAUGCGUGGCCCCAGGAAUAUGUGAAUGUCUCGCAGGACACGUGAAAAUAAGUGACUCCAUGUGUUUGCCAGACUGCAAAAAUGGCUGUAUGAACGGAUUCUGUAGUGCGCCAGACGUGUGUACCUGUAAUAGUGGGUACACAAAUGAGACUGGGAACAAUUGUCAGCCGGUAUGUGAAAACGGAUGUGAGAACGGAUAUUGCAGUGCGCCAGGUGAAUGCACUUGUGACGAAGGCUACAGCAAAGUCAGUGAGAACAGAUGUGCUCCUGUGUGCGAGGAGGGAUGUGAGAACGGAUUCUGUAGUGCGCCAGGGGAAUGCACGUGUCAUCAAGGAUAUUCUUCAGUGAGUGCGAACAGUUGUGCACCAGUGUGCAUGGACGGAUGUGAGAACGGAUACUGCAGUGCACCAGGUGAAUGCACUUGUGACGAAGGCUACAGUAAAGUCAGUGAGAACAGAUGUGCACCUGUGUGCAAGGACGGCUGUGAGAACGGAUUCUGUAGUGCGCCAGGGGAAUGCACGUGUCAUCAAGGAUAUUCUUCAGUGAGUGCGAACAGUUGUGCUCCGGUUUGCAAGGACGGAUGUGAGAACGGAUUCUGUAGUGCGCCAGGGGAAUGCACUUGUGACGAAGGCUACAGUAAAGUCAGUGAGAACAGAUGUGCACCAGUGUGCAAGGACCGAUGUGAGAACGGAUUCUGUAGUGCGCCAGGGGAAUGUACUUGUCAUCAAGGAUAUUCUAUAGUGAGUGCAAAUAGUUGUGCUCCAGCUUGCAAUGAUGGAUGUGAGAACGGAUUCUGUAGUGCGCCUGGGGAAUGUACUUGUCAUCAAGGAUAUUCUAUAGUGAGUGCGAAUAGUUGUGCUCCAGUUUGCAAGGAUGGAUGUGAGAACGGAUUCUGUAGUGCGCCUGGGGAAUGUACUUGUCAUCAAGGAUAUUCUAUAGUGAGUGCGAAUAGUUGUGCUCCAGUUUGCAAGGACGGAUGUGAGAACGGAUUCUGUAGUGCGCCAGGGGAAUGCACUUGUGACGAAGGCUACAGUAAAGUCAGUGAGAACAGAUGUGCACCUGUGUGCAAGGAGGGAUGUGAGAACGGAUAUUGCAGUGCGCCACGUGAAUGCACUUGUGACGAAGGCUACAGCAAAGUCAGUGAGAACAGAUGUGCACCUGUGUGCAAGAACGGAUGUGAGAACGGAUUCUGUAGUGCGCCAGGAGAAUGUACUUGUCAUCAAGGAUAUUCUUCAGUGAAUGCGAACAGUUGUGCACCAGUGUGCAAGGAUGGAUGUGAGCACGGAUAUUGCAGUGCUCCAGGUGAAUGCACUUGUGACGAAGACUACAGUAAAGUCAGUGAGAACAGAUGUGCACCUGUGUGCAAGGAGGGAUGUGAGAACGGAUUCUGUAGUGCGCCAGGGGAAUGCACGUGUCAUCAAGGAUAUUCUUCAGUGAGUGCGAAUAGUUGUGCUCCAGUUUGCACGGACGGAUGUGAGAACGGAUUCUGUAGUGCGCCAGGGGAAUGCACUUGUGACGAAGGCUACAUUAAAGUCAGUGAGAACAGAUGUGCACCUGUGUGCAAGGAGGGAUGUGGGAACGGAGUCUGUAGUGCGCCAGGGGAAUGUACUUGUCAUCAUGGAUAUUCUUCAGUGAGUGCGAAUAGUUGUGCUCCAGUUUGCAAGGACGGAUGUGAGAACGGAUUCUGUAGUGCGCCAGGGAAAUGCACUUGUGACGAAGGCUACAGCAAAGUCAGUGAGAACAGAUGUGCACCUGUGUGCAAGAACGGAUGUGAGAACGGAUUCUGUAGUGCGCCAGGAGAAUGUACUUGUCAUCAAGGAUAUUCUUCAGUGAAUGCGAACAGUUGUGCACCAGUGUGCAAGGAUGGAUGUGAGCACGGAUAUUGCAGUGCUCCAGGUGAAUGCACUUGUGACGAAGACUACAGUAAAGUCAGUGAGAACAGAUGUGCACCUGUGUGCAAGGAGGGAUGUGAGAACGGAUUCUGUAGUGCGCCAGGGGAAUGCACUUGUGACGAAGGCUACAGUAAAGUCAGUGAGAACAGAUGUGCACCUGUGUGCAAGGAGGGAUGUGGGAACGGAUUCUGUAGUGCGCCAGGAGAGUGUACUUGUCAUCAAGGAUAUUCUUCAGUGAAUGCGAACAGUUGUGCACCAGUGUGCAAGGAUGGAUGUGAGCACGGAUAUUGCAGUGCUCCAGGUGAAUGCACUUGUGACGAAGGCUACAUUAAAGUAAGGGAGAAUAGUUGUGAACCAGUAUGCGAAGACGGGUGCCCCAACGGUUUUUGUGAAUCUCCUAAUUGCUGCAGCUGCAAUGAAGGCUACAUAAAGUUUGAAAAUGUUUGCACGCGUCAAUGGGAUCACACAAAAAGAUCAACUACCGGAGCUCCGGCGCAAACGGAAGUAAUUGAUAUUUGUGAGCAACGGUGCUGGAAUGGAACCUGUGUGGAUGGCCGAUGCAGUUGUGGGGAAAAUUACAGACUGACAGAAGAUCCACGGAAUGCUACAAAAUUUCUUUGCCUACCCGAGUGCGAGGAGGAGUGCGUACAUGGCUAUUGUGCAUAUCCCGGCGUGUGCGUCUGCUAUGAUGGCCAGACGCCACAAGCAGGUGUUGAAUGUCCAAGUUUUAGAGGCACAGAAAAUGCAGGUCGAACUGCCAGCAUGAAUAUUUUCAUCAAAAAUUGGUUAUUUUUGGCCUUAGUGGCCGUGGCUGUGGUGCUGGUGGUGAUCAUAUACGUGAUCAUGUAUGCACUUAGGCAACGGGACUACAGAGUGGACGAGAAGGAACAAAGAUAUGGCGUUUACUUUUCGGCAAAACAAGCUGAUAUAAUACGUGCCUGAGACUACGUAAUGUGUGUGUCAAUCUUUCGAGAAGUGCACAGAAAUGUCGUACUUACCUUAAAUUCUAAAAGAAGACAGUUAAUGAACUAAUUACUGAUUGAUGUAUAUGCUUUGGCAAAUUAUAAGCUAUAUUAUACACAUGUGCAUUCGAAUUAACAUCA